AUGGCAGUCCAAGAUGGAGUUCCGGCUCCAGUACCCAGGAUCCCGCGAAUCCACCGUGCCCUCGUCGCCACCGGUCCAGGCGCGCUAGCGCUCAAACCGGUACCAGUACCGGCCAUCGAGCCUGAUGAGGUUUUGAUCCGGGUCGGCGCGGUAGCCCUCAACCCGUCCGACCACAAGCUGCUCGACCAGUCCACCACAGUCGGUGCCGUCUCGGGCGCCGACCUGGCCGGGACCGUUGUGCGCCUGGGUGAUCGCGUGACCAAGCUCAAGAUUGGUGACCGCGUCAUUGGCUUCACCUUUGGUGCCAACCCGGGCAAUCCAGGUAACGGUGCCUUCUCGCAGUACGUGGCCAGUCUUGCCGGCAUCUGCGUUCCCAUUCCCGACGCCAUGGAUUUUGUCACCGCCGCCUCCUUGCCCAUGGGCAUCUUUACCGUCGGUUUUGUCUUCCGCUCGCUGGGGCUCGAAUUCAGUCUCGACGGCGAGGGCCGCGCAAAGGGCCGCGGUGAAUAUGUUUUAGUGCAGGGCGGUGCUACGGCCACGGGCACGGUCGCCCUGCAGAUGCUCAAGAUGGCCGGCUACACGCCAAUCGCGACGUGUUCGCCGGCAAGCUUCGACCUGGCGCGCGACCGCGGUGCUGUAGCAGUGUUCGACUACAAUUCGGCCACGGUGCGCGACGACAUACGCGAUUUUACUCGCGGGACGCUAGCAUUGGCUUUGGAUUGUAUCAGCACGCCCGACACUAUGGCGCUCUGCUACGGGGCAAUUGGGGAUGCGGGAGGUCGAUAUGCCGCGCUCGAGCAAUACCCACGGAACUUGACGAUUCGGCGCCGCGAUGUGCAGCAUGACUGGAUCCUAGGAUGGACAAUAUUAGGCAAGGAGGUAAUGCUUGCGGGUGCGUAUCAUCGUGAUGCGACGCCCGAAGAUCGUACGUAUGGCGAGGCUUGGGCGGAUAAGAUGGUGGGGUUGCUCGCGAGUGGAAAGCUAAGGACACAUCCACUCAAAGUGUGCAAGGGCGGUCUGGCUGCUAUUCCUUCAGGUUUGGAUACGAUGAGAAAGGGACAGGUAAAGGGCAAGAAAUUAGUAUAUUGGGUUUGA